CAGGGCUGGCUCUCAUUGGUCAGCAGGAACCACGUGUUCCCAUUUGAACCAAUCAACUGCCAGGGUGCUGGUAGACUCUGAUUGGUUAUCGUGAAUCAUAUGACUACCUUGAAGGCAGGAACGUCUAGCUUCACCCAAAACCCUCUGUACUGGGAAUUGGCUGGAAGUGCACCCUGGGUGAUUGGUUCACGUAAUCAUAGUUGGUUGCUAUUCUUAUCAGAAGGAGUGGGACCUGGGAAGUUACAGACACAGAUGCUGGGUUGGGCUGACUUCCCCAAUUCCUGUCUGAUUUUUUAAGGAGACGCACAGGAUCUACAAGCAGAAGCUGGAGGAACUGACUGCCUUACAGACCUUGUGUAGCGGGUCAAUCAACAAACAGAAGAAGCGUCUCAAGGACUUGUGGCUGGAGCUCCAGAGGUACAAGCGCCAUGCAGGUUCGGAGGAGGCCGAGCUGGUCCAGCAGAUGCGUGCAUACAUCAAGGAACGGCAGAACAUCUUCUUCGACAUGGAGGCCUACCUGCCCAAGAAGAAUGGGCUCUACCUGAACCUGGUCCUCGGCAAUGUGAACGUGACCCUGCUCAGCAACCAGGCCAAAUUCGCCUAUAAGGAUGAGUAUGAGAAAUUCAAGCUCUACCUGACCAUAAUCCUGCUCCUGGGGGCUGUGGCCUGCCGCUUUGUGCUCCAUUACAGGGUGACGGACGAAGUCUUCAACUUCCUGCUGGUGUGGUACUACUGCACCCUGACCAUCCGAGAGAGCAUCCUCAUCAGCAAUGGCUCCAGAAUCAAAGGCUGGUGGGUGUCACACCAUUACGUCUCCACGUUCCUGUCAGGGGUGAUGCUGACGUGGCCUAACGGACUCAUUUAUCAGAAGUUUCGAGAUCAGUUUUUAGCGUUUUCUAUUUUCCAGAGCUGCGUGCAGUUCCUGCAGUACUACUACCAGCGGGGCUGCCUGUACAGGUUGCGGGCGCUGGGCGAGAGGAACCAUCUGGACCUCACUGUCGAAGGGUUCCAGUCCUGGAUGUGGCGGGGCCUCACCUUCCUCCUGCCGUUCCUCUUCUGUGGCCACUUCUGGCAGCUCUACAAUGCCGUCACGCUGUUUGAGCUCUCCACCCACGAGGAAUGCAGGGAAUGGCAGGUGUUCGUGCUGGCGCUCACCUUCCUCGUCCUCUUCCUGGGCAACUUCCUCACCACACUCAAGGUCGUGCACACCAAACUCCAGCAGAACAGAAACAAAACGAAGAAGCCGUAGCCCGGGUCUUCGCGCCCUAUGGAGCUCCGGGCAGGAGCAGGACUGAGAGGCUGUGAGCCUCGGACUGCACACCCGGCCCGGCUCAGAGAUCCUGGGCUUCCCGGGCAGCAACAUCUCAGGGGCCAGCACGGUGCUGGAGCGAGCGCGUCCCGCCUGACGCAGAAUGCGACGGCGCUGUCCUCGCAGUAUUAGCCCUAUUUAUGACGUAUUUAAUACCAGGUCCCCCAGCUGCUCUCAGCGGAGGCCGAGUCCCGGUCAUCUUCCUGGGUGGGGUCCAUGCCUCAGGGAGCCCCUCGGGGUGGGGUUCAGAUGUGCCUCUCUGGGUUGGAUUUCCGCUGCCCUGUUACCCACUGCAUCCUGUGUGGGACAGGUGACACCUUCUGCAUCCUGUGCCCCCCCCAAGUUGCCCCCACCCUGGGUGGGGUUAUUUAAGUUCUCAGAGAACCACA